GGGCGAGUGCGUUGGGAAAGGACGCUAGUGGCGUCUGAUGUUGGACAGGGCGUACCCUGACUAAACUAAAGUUUGCUGGAGAGAGUUACCAAGUCUAGCCUACCAUCUGUUCAGCUGCCGGCCUCAAAUGCCAUCCGUCAUGGCCGAUCUUAUGACACUUAUCCAACACGAAAUUCCCGAUGGACGGCAAAACAUCCACGACAGCCACACCAAUCUUGAAAAAGUUGCGGAGUACUGCGAAGCCAACUACUUUCAGUCUGAGAACAAGCAUGCAGCGCUGGAGGAGACAAAGAAGUUUGCAACACAGUCUCUGGCCAGCGUCGCCUACCAGAUCAACACGCUCGCGUACAACCUGUUGCACUUACUGGACUUGCAGACAGCCCAGCUGUCGGAGAUGGAGUCGCACAUCAACCACAUAGGUCAGACAGUAAUGAUCCACAAGGAGAAGGUGGCCCGGCGUGAGAUUGGUGUGCUGACUGCAAACAAGAGCACACUUCGCCAGCACAAAAUCUUGGCCCCGGCCAGUCAAGAGCGCCCCGUCAAGUACAUUCGUCGCCCCAUUGACUACACUGUGCUGGACGAAGUGGGACACGGACUUCGCACAUCUUCAGCUGGUAACGGCGCUAACAAAGCCCGGCGCAUCCCAUCUUCUCAGGCACUGAUGAAUGCCGGACCAGCACCGACAACCAAGCCGCCAACACCCCCUCAAGCAAACCGAGGGGUCACCGUAGGGUCCCUGACCCGUGGCUCUCGAGAGUACCGCACGCCUGCGCCCCCGAUUGCCCCACCACAGGUGCCUAGCAAUUAUGCUGCCAACUACCCGCUUGGCCACCCUCGCAGAGGAAGCGGCUACUCCACACUGCCAGCUCAUGGCCACCACGGUUCAAGCCACCAGAGUGCGUUGCCACCAUCCCAGAUGACACCUCCUCCUACUCUGGCCAGUCAACCUCAAGUGGGCAUGGUGCACCCCAUGAGCCAGCAUACAAUGAGCCAUCACCACCACUCCAUGCCACACCAUACUGUAAACCACCAGAGUCACACGGGACAGCAGCAGCAGGGUGUCGUCCAGAACCCGCCGAUGCAAGUCGCGUGUUCCCAGAAUUCAAUGGUGGCCAUACCGCCAGGGAGUGUCGUCCCCCCGAUGUCCCAGAAUCCAGCCGCUCCGGGCACAAUGUCGAUGAGUGCCAGUGGGCCACCAAAUGGCCAAGGUGCCCACAUCUAUGGUUCCAACUUCAAUGGCGCAGAGUCAGCACUACGGCAGCAUGGUCUCUGCUCACCAGCCACCACCGCCAAAUGACCCCAUGACCUCAAGCCUCACAGGAUCGGCUCCCCGAGCCACCACCACCUCACAUAAUGAGUGGAGGCAUUGUGCCCACAUCAGGAGUAUGAACGUCAUGGGAAUGUGUCACCUCCGCUCCCCCCUCCACCACCUCCCGAGCCCCUGUACCCCGGUAAUUACGUUCAGCUUUCCCCACCAGCCUACGGGCACCAGCGACCGGACGCCCAGCGGGACUUGGUCCCCAAGACCUACCUGGAGAAAGUGGUUGCGAUAUACGACUACGAAGCUGACAAGGACGACGAGCUUUCCUUUUCCGAGAACUCUGUAAUCUACGUAAUCAAGAAGAAUGACGACGGCUGGUACGAAGGCGUCAUGAAUGGUGUGACGGGCCUAUUUCCAGGAAACUACGUGGAACCUUGUAUGUAAACAAGUGCAGUAGAGCAAUGUGUCACUCGAACUUGCUUCCUUCGCGUGCUGACUCGGAAAGCUGCUUGCAUCUGCUUGUUUUUGCACCUCAGGGUGAAAUUAAUUUUCUCUGUGCCGUACUUAGUCUCGAGAAAUGUUUCCAUUUUUUUGUUAACUAGCCUGCUGUAGCAUUUUGUAUUUGGUCACUUUGUUUGUAGGAAAAUAGGCACAAGUAGCAGUUAGAUGUGGAAUAGCACAAACCUUUCUUGUCUGAAUAUGAAUGGCUGAUACUUUAUUGUGAACAAACAUGUCUAAUGACUUCUAUGUAUAUACCAAGUUAUCAGUCUACUGCAAUCAAUUACUCUUAUUUGUCCUUUGUUGUCUGGAGAGCACAAUCCCCCGAAAGUGUUUCGUUCUUUAACCUGGAUUCAUGGUGGUAAUUGUCCAGUGUCGUUUCGUUACCUCCAACCCUGGUUAGUGUUAAUGAAUUCACAAAUGAGCAGUUCAAGGAAAUGAACACUAAUGAACUGUAUGGAGUGCCAAGUUGACUUUUUUUACAAAGUAGCCAAAUAGAACGUAUUCCUUUACCUUAUUGCACGUUUUGCACAGUGUUACAGCUUCUAAUGUGUGCUUUUACGGGGAAUGCAACAUGCACUGCGAGGCUACGUGGGCUUUGGCCGUUUUUUAUGAAAUGUGAGAUUUAACUGCAGUUGCAAGCCGCCUACAUUUACUGACUAGGCUGCAUCACACUGCACAGGUUUUAAGUAGCGUUUAUCAGCAUUCCAUUUUUGUGUUCUGCCUGUUUUUGGAACAAGAUUUAGUAUAGCUUCUUUUGAGUAUGCUUUUGCCAUUGCCAAUUUGUUAUUAAUUAAGCAAGAAAUCAAAUUUGUAAUCCUCCUGUACCUUCUGUGAGUCCUGGGAACAAAUGAACUGUGUGAGUGAAGAAGGGAGGAUGGGGUUGCAAGAGUCUGGCUUUUACAGCCAGUUAUUUAUUGCACUUGCUUAACCCGAUGCAAAUGUAGUGUUCUAUUUCCCUGUUACUACAAUAAACUCGUUUUUUGUAAAAUA